AUGAAUACCGAACCACACGGCGCUGCACCGCUCGACUCGGAAGCUGAAAAAAUGCGAGAAACGGACUCGUCAAGGCAUGGGUUCCUCAAGCGUACCCCGCAGCAAGACUCUACCACCCAGAUUGAUUUGUCUGGCGAUUCUAAGUCAGCGACCAGUGAUACCAUUUUGCUUGUGCUUUCUCAAGCAAGCCCCGACGGUGCAAACCAAGGCUCUGCUUCGGAAGAUCUGGGACUACCUGCUAGCCGCAAUGGCGACGAAGCGAUCUCCGAUCCUGGCUGUGCGGCCGCAACGAGCAAACCAAGUCCGCGCCGAAAGGUUGCAACAGGCCGGAUGCGAGGCGAGGCGCAGUCGCAAGACAAUGUUAGUGAAUCUGACGUCGGUGCUGUGAAGGAAGAACACUGCAAUCAAGAGGCAGCAGACGCUGAUUCUUCCGACAAACAGCCUUCGCAAGAGGAUGCCGCUGCACCCCUGCCCCGACCAAACGCGGCAGAGAAUGUUCUGGGCAGGGUGUCUGUUGCUGACCCUGGUGCCAAAGGAGAAUGCUGGCAAAUUGCUGAGAAGUAUUUGCGCUCUAAAGGGUAUAAGUUACGUCCAGCGGUCGAGCCCAGCCGCCGCAAGCUUCGGUGGCCGCGCUUCUAUUGCUUAUGCGGUGGGAGGUCGAAGGAAUCUACCAAAGGAGAGCUUGCAUGCCCUGUUGUCUGGACCGGCCGUGUCGAAACGGCGACUCAUUUCGAUCUGCAUGAGCUCAUCAUUGCACAGGCCGGUGUCCACGAACCUUAUGCAAGCAGAGACGCCGGGCCCAAGAUGAAGAAGAUGAGUCUUCGGAUGACGAGAAUCCUAUCGGGGCCUCAACCCGAUCGGCCUUCCUGGUGGCACUUCACCAACUCACCGAUUCUUUCAAACGAUCCCACGGGACGAAACCGUUGCAUCCGAUUUUGGCUCAGUGCCUGGGAGCUGAGAAUUGGUGAAGACAAGGUGGAUGGUGGGGACAUCCUGGAUGCGAUGCUUGGUGCUCCACCACCUACGCCUCAGAUUCCUACCGUAGCGCCCGUGGUCCCCACCACGCCAGAGCAGAUCGUCUCGCCGAACAAGCCGGGCUGUGCCGCGGAUAUCACCACGGCCCUCUACGACCUCACGAACAUCGCCCGAAUGCUGACGUACGUCACCACCGACUGCGCGCAGCCAGGUCAGGUUUCUACGGUCUGUGCCAACGACGUCCUGACCAUUGUGAGAUAUAUGGCGAAAACCGCCGCAAUCAUCUCCGACGCUGUGUUUACGUGUGGUAACAUCCAGGCAGGAUGUAGUCAGACAAUCGCGAACGCCAUUGCAGAACUGGCCCAUCUCGCAGACAAUGUGGCUUUGAUGGAAAUUACGUGCGAUACAGAGAAGCUGGCUUGCGCACUUCAAGUGUUUGGCUUCCUUUCUUCCGGACUCCACUGCGCGAAGAACAUCGACACGGCCAUUAUACAGUGCCCUCUAGAUACGGCCGAUGACGGUGGCGACGAUGGCGACGAUGGAAGUGAUGGCGACGGUGGAAGCGAUGGUGGUGAUAGCGGCGAUGGGGGCGACGGUCAUGAAAUCAUCAAUAAUGACAUGAAGCAAGAGCGCCUGCAUGACCACAGUGGCAAUUUCCAAUAUGUUGGCAGGUCUGACUUUGUUUCUGGGCCUCUCGUUGUGGGCAUCAGUAAGCAGCCGGAAGGAAGUCCUCUCGUUUCGCAGGUGACUCAUGGCAGCGCGCCAGCAGGCUCUCCCAUGGGAGCUGCAGAGGCGUGCGCCGCCAAGCAGAGCAUGGUCGGACGGAGGCCUCUGGCAUAUGUUGGAGACUGGACGAUGUCGCUCCAGGAGUUUGCCAGGCACGACGAGGUGCCCUCGGGAUCGUCGUGGCCCUGUUGCUGCUCUGACCUGGAACGGGGCUCCGUUCAGCGAAUCGCAGGCGCAGGAAGAAGGCCGCCUUCCUCGGAGCCUUCCUUACGCUCCAGCGAGGGGUCACCCGCGGGUUCUGACGCCGAGCUGCCCCUUUUGCCUGACGGGGAGGAUCCUUUCCUGCAAGCGCCCGCUGUUCCGCCCGCAGCUGCGCCGACAAAGAACCUGCCCAAGCCCGCAGAGCAGCAGGUGGAAGCUCCGGCGCCUGAGCCGGCGCAGGUGUCCACGAGGUCCGAGGGACACGACCGGCGUCUGGCGAAGCUGCGAGCGGCCGUCGCGAUGCACCGGCCCAGCCGAACGUCAGAGGAGGCGGCUCAAAUCGAUGACAGCGAUGCCAAGUCCGAGUCGGCUUUCUCUGCGCGGAGUGACUUCUCCGUUCAGACGGCGGUGAUCGCACAACACAGCCAGUCGCAGCAGCCACAAGAUGCAGCAGGUCUGAAGGCUGCGCUGAAGACCUUCAUCCAGGACUUUGUGCGUGGCCGCGAGUUGCACAUGCCGAGCAAGAAUGGACUUUCUGGAGUGGUUUGCAAGAUCACGAAGGCUGUCGAUGCUCUGCUGGUUGGCGAUGGUGCUCGUGCUGUGGCGUUUGCAGAUGUUUUGCAAGUUCACCGUGGCUUGGAAGCGAUGCCCCUGAGCCUGGGUCAUGAAUUGGACAGUAACUGGGUGGUGCUGGAAUUGAGCACUGGAGAUUGCUUGAGCUUCCACCUGGGACAUGCCAAAGGUGCCGAUGAUUUCACGCUCUUCUUGCGGCUUUUGGUAUCGAUGCGGAGGCAGCAGCAGCGCGCUGCGAAAUCGCCGCAGGUUGACGACGACGCCAAGAGCGAAGUGAGCGUCCAGAGCGCCAUCGUACAGAAGACCAUGAACAACAGCUCCGUGGCGUCCAUCGCAGACGACCCGAAGGAGGUGAAGAAGAUGUACAAGAUGUUUGUGGAGACGAUGAAGCGCGGUAGAGACUUCUACAUCUUGCGGCCGGAUGGUACGCUGCUGGACGUGGACUGCUCAUUGACGGGCAGUCGCGAAGUCUUCCGCAUGCGCUGGGACUUCCAGGAAAGGUCCGUGCCCGUGGCGGACAUGAAGCAGGUGCGCACUUCCAAGGAGUCCUCCUCGCUGAAGCUGGGGCUGGAGCUCGACCCACGGUGUGCAACCAUGGAGUUGGAAGGCGGCGAGUGCAUCACCUUUAAAUUCGGGCAUUCGGAGGCCUGCGACCGCUUUGUCAUCUGCAUGCGGAUACUCAUCGAUCAGAAACGCCAAUGUUACCGCUCCGCCGGCUUCGGAAGAGGCGGGGCACCUGUACAGCGGCUGCACAAGUCGUCCAGCUCCGUCAGCAAGCAGUCUGGGGACUCCAAAGCAGGGCCUAAUGCAACACAAGUGUUGAUUGAGGAGUUUGUGCGAGUCAUGAUGAGCGGCUGCGAGGUGGCUGUUCUCAGCAAACAGGGCAAGCAGAAAGUGAAACUCUCUCUCGAUGCUGACCUUACAGCACUGUCGGUGAAGGCCAAAGAUGGCUCGCGCAAGGACCUGCUCUUUUCCAAG